CCCCCACCCGACCAAGAUGGCGGCGCGCGAGGGCCACCACGGCCACCAGCACCUUCCCCGCGGCCACAUCCCCAAUCCGCUGGACGAGAAGCUGCUCAGGAUCAUCAGGGAGAAUCUGACAGAUCAGGUGUCACUGUUAUCAGACGAGGAAAAAUGGAGGUUAGAACACUUGAAACUUCACGAGAAACACAAAGGCCACGAAGACAUGCACGCAGAAAUGGUCCUCAUUCUGAUGGUUGUGACGAUCAUUGCGCAAGUGGGUCUCGUGGCUUGGAAGAAGCACCAUUAUAGGUCUUAUCAGUUGAUAAGCAUGUUGGGCGUGUGGCUGAUUCCCUUCGUCCUGUGUCUGCACAACCACUGGUGGAGAUUCAUUUUCAUCUGGCUGCUCUUCUCCUCCAUCACCGUCAUUGUCAUGAAGAAAGCGCUCGAGAAACCGCUCGAUCCAACUACGCCAAGACAGGUGUACAAGUGGUUCCUGUUGAUCUACAAGAUCUGCUGUGGCCUGGGGGUGGUAGGCUACAUCAUCAUAAUGGUGACGAUGAUGGGAUUCAACCUCCUGUUCGGUGCCAAGCCCAACACCUGGAUGGACUGCGGCCUGCUCUUCAUUUUCUACGGCCUCUACUAUGGGGUCCUAGGCCGAGAUCUGGCCGAAGUGUGUGCCGAUAAGAUGGCGUCGCAUAUCGGGUACUACACACCCCACGGCAUGCCCACGCGUACCCUAGAGCCAGGCGUGUGUGCGGUGUGUGGCAACCCGCAGCUGGUCAAGGAGGGGGAGGAAGGUAUCAUCGAAAACACAUACCGCCUCUCCUGCGGCCACACCUUCCACGAAUUCUGCAUCCGUGGCUGGUGUAUUGUGGGCAAGAAGCAAACGUGCCCAUACUGCAAGGAGAAGGUUGACCUGAAGAAGAUGUUCUGCAACCCGUGGGAGAAACCGCACGUGUUUUAUGGGCAGUUGUUAGACUGGAUAAGAUUACUGGUUGCCUGGCAGCCUGCCAUUAUAUUUCUAGUCCAGGGAAUCAACAACUAUUUAGGCUUACAAUAGAGACAAGGACAAUAGACAUCUAGUCAUGUUAAUAGGAAACUUCUGCCUUUUUUGUAACUGAGGUUUACAUGGAAAUCCUAUUGUAGUUUA